CACACAAGCAUCAAACUUUAUUACCAGUUCAUAUAAGCAACACCACCCGACCUUCCCGACAAUUACGAGGUAACGAUUCUCUCAUUCGCCAAAUUUUAAAAACCAGAGCCGCAAAGAUGUCCUCAGUCACCACUUACGACUUUAUCAUUCCCAUCUUCGUCAAGGGUCUCAAGACUUUUGACCACAUCCUGAGCAAAGCCGAGGAGCAUGCCAAGGCCAACAACAUCGAUGUCAACACAUAUCCCGAGGCACGCCUCAUUCCGGACCAGCUGCCCCUUCUCUUUCAGGUACAGAACGCCACCAAGACCGUCAAGACCAACAUCGCCCGCCUGACGGGCGAGGAGUUGGAGCCCUUCGAGAACAAGGAGAAGACGGUCGAGGAUCUGCACAAGCGCAUCCAGGAAGCGCUCGACUUGCUCAGCAAGGUUGACGCCGCCACCGUCAACGCCAAAGCGGAUAACGAGGUUGACGUGCCCAUUUUCGGUGGAAAGGUCCUGAAGGUCACGGCCAAGGAGGCGGCAUUGAGCCACGGCGUCCCCAACUUUUUCUUCCACUUGAACGCUGGAUACGCCAUUCUUCGGGCAAAGGGUGUGCCUGUUGGCAAGGCGGACUACCUUGGCGGCUUUUUGGGACAGUAAAUUACACUGAUUAGUAGAGAAUCAACGAUAAUUAAUCC